UGCUCCGCAGGCUGCUGGGCGGUGACGGGACCCCACACUGUGCGGGGAUUCCUUGGGGGGUCCCUCUCGGUGCGCUGCAGGUACGAGGCCGGCCACGAGAUGAACCCGAAAUUCUGGUGCAAACCAGCAACACUUUUUUUUACCUGUGAUGAUGACAUCGUCAUCACCUCGGAGCAGCGGCCCGUGGUGCGGCAGGACCGAUUGUCCAUCUGGGACAAUCGCACACAGCGGGUGUUCACGGUCACCAUGAAGGGCCUGGCCAAGGGGGAUGCGGGCACCUACCUCUGCGGUGUGCGAACGCCCUUCCUCCAUCGUGAUGAGAGUCACCGUGUGGAGGUGAUGGUGUUCCCAGGUCCUCCUUCCUCCUCCCCAGCAUUGCCCUGCACCCAGACCACUGAGCACCCCAUUCUCACUAGCUCUGUAUCAGUCCCCACACAGACAACUCCCCAGGAGGAAGCUGCGCGACCGGGAUCAAAACUCUCCCACGACGAAGGUUCCAGCCUUCCACACUUGGACCUGGUUCAGCACAUCCUCACUCCAGCCAUUGUAGUGGUUCUUCUUUUGCUUGUGGUUGCUGGUGGUGUUCUGGUAAUGCUGUCCAGGAAGAAGAAGAAGAAGGUUCCUGGGUCCAUCACCGAGACCUCCACCAAGGAGUUCUCCUUCCCCCGAGGGAGCAGUGGGACUGUCCCGCAGUCUGAUACCCGCGGGAGCGGGGAAUGGCGGCUCUCAGGAUGGGGAGCGGAUGCCUUGACCUACGUGGACAUUAACCACCGCACGGACACAGCCGAGAGCCAGUUGUACAGCAAUGCCAACGCUUUCCGCGGCUUGGCAAACAACACAACCGAAUAUGCGGAGGUCAAGCAGAGCAAUAAGCGUUUGGAAAAAGAAAAAGAGGCUGCAUACACCAGCAUGCAGGAUUCCCUGCUGGAGCAGCAGGAGAUCUACGUCAACGUGCCAUCAGCCCCACAGCCCAGAGGAGAGCUCUACAGGGCAGCGCAGAGGGUGUGA